AUGGCCGUUGUCGUGCUCCACGGACCCCGCUUACUAGCAGCUAGUCAUCUAGACGGAAAUUCCCCCUCUGAUGUAUCUGAAAUGAGUCUCCACAGUCUUGACAUGCAAUUCAUCGUUAUGCCGCGGCUACAGGAAAGCCGUACACCUCCAUUUGACACCGUAGGUGAAUUCAUUGAGGCAUUUCGACAAAUGUUUGAGGGCGUGGAAUUUAUGCAUAAGAAUUUUGUUGCGCACAACGUUGACCAUUCCCAGAGAUAUCAACAUCUCGAACUAAAUACAGUGGUUUCGCGUCGCAUACCACACGUACCAGGUGUUGGCCUCGCUAUUAUAUCAUUGAUUUUGGGUAUUCUCGUCGGCGAUAGGUCUGUGCCAGAGCUUCAGAAACUCAGUACCGACCCGUCUGCUAGGUUGAAUCCGUUCCCUUUUGAUGUUUACUGCUUGGGGAACAUCAUGCGUAAAGAUUACAGGAUAGAUUUAUGUCCACCUCUGCAUUUUCUUCUUCCUCUUGUUAGUGAUAUGACUCAGGAAGAGCCUUCGUCGCGGCCAACAAUGAGCGAGGCUUCAUUGCGUGCCCCUCCGAGCGUCUACGCCGCUGGGUUUGGUCACCGCUGUCGACGGCUGAUAUACACGGUGACUGGCGUAGCUCCCCUACCUACGAAGGAGUUCUCGGAGCCUGUUACUGCCACUGAUUCACGCCUUCGGUCGUUCUAUACCUUCACGCCUGGACAUGUGGAAGGAGACGCCCUGCUUAUAGUUAUUCUGGCUGUACUUUAA